ACAGAUAAAUGUGCACAAGAGAGCUCCAGCACCACCUGAACUCAGUACAACUUCCAACAGAAAUCUCAUCAUGAGUGUAAGGAUCAAGAAGAACAGGAAAUCUGGACUUUAUUCCGCCUCUGAAGGCUUCACCAGCAAGUCCAUGGGAUUCAACCCGGUUCCCAAAUCCAGCACCACAAACAAUGUGGUUCCCAUUAAACCUGUCACCGUAAACAAGAGCCUCCUUACUCCUCUGAAGAUCUACAUCGAUCCUGAAGUCCAGGCUCUGCGUACCCAGGAGAAGGAGCAAAUUAAAGGUCUGAAUGACCGCUUCGCAUCACACAUCAAAAAGGUCCAACUGCUGGAGCAACAGAACCAGAUGCUGGAAACCAAGUGGCAGCUCCUGCAGAGUCAGGCAGCCUCUUCCUCCAGUACUGAGCUCAUGUAUAAAGCCUUCAUCGCCAACCUGCAAAAACAGCUGGAAGGCCUCCACAACGACGGCAAGCGUUUAGAGGCUGAGACGAGUUCCUGGAAUGGUGCGCUGGAGAAAUUCAGAUCAAAGUAUGAAGAAGAGGCCAGCAAGAGGACUGACUCAGAGUUUUGCUUUGUACAACUCAAAAAGGAUGUGGAUGCAGCAUUCACCUCUAAGGUGGAACUAGAAACCAAGUUGUCAGAUCUUACUGAAGAAUUCAACUUACUCCAAGCUGUUCAUAAUGCUGAGAUGACAGAGCUAGUGGGCACCCUGAAGGACACCUCCGUGGUGGUGGAGAUGGACAACUCCCGCAGCCUUAACAUGGACGAGAUUGUGUCUGAUGUUAAGGCUCACUAUGAGGAAAUUGCUGCUCAGAGCCGUGAAGAAACAGAACGUUGGUACAGAACAAAGAUUGACCUGAUGACAAUCCAAGCAAACCAGUAUGGUGAUGACCUGCAUUCCACCAAGGUGGAAAUAGCAGAAAUGAACCGACUGAUCGGUCGCCUGCAGCAUGAAAUUGAUGUUAUAAAACCACAGUGUGACAGAAUUCAGAACAGCAUUUGUGAGGUGGAAUCAAAUAGGGAACAAGCUGUGUUGAACGCUAAAAACCGCAUCAAGGACUUGGAGAAAGCUUUGAUGGAAGCAAAACACGUCAUGGCUAAGCAGAUCAGAGAAUACCAGGAACUUAUGAACAUCAAGCUGGCCCUGGAUAUCGAGAUUUCCACUUAUAUGAAAUUGAUGGAAGGAGAGGAGGACAGAUUUGGACAGAAGACUGUGGUUAAUAUCCGCUCAGCACCAAUCAGACAUGUGAGCUCAGCGCCCGUCCAACAUGUGAGCUCAGAACCCAUCAGACAUGUGAGCUCAGAACCCAUCAGACAUGUGAGCUCAGAACCCACUCAAACUAACCAUCAGCAGCGGAGAUCGGGGCCGAUUCUCAUCAAAAUGAUAGAGACCCAUGACAUCUCAUACAACUAAAGCAGAACAGACUGCAGUGCACAGGCCUCCCGGAUCCCCAGUCUUUGUAUUCCACACUGAUAAUAACAUCAGUGGAAAGAGUCGUCUAUAUUUGCUUGUGUCUCAUUGUGUGUCGAAACUCCGAUCAUCAACCUUCACUGCCUUGAGAAUAGUUCGCCCUGAAUUUGCUGUCUAAAAUAAUGAAAGAAUAUAAACAUGCCCAUGAUAAGGUCCACUGCCACUGUUUCCUUUUCAAUGCUUACUGUGUGUGGAAAACAUUAAACGAAUUAAAAA